CGGCCGCUCUGCUCUCGACAGACCUGCAGGGGCCGCAGACAGGUCACACGCUUUGGUUUCAUUGCCCCUGGCCAAUUGCAUCUCUGAAGGGUGGAAGCAGUUCCUCAGCGCACUGACCAACCCCGGCGCUUACAGCGACGUUUGAUUUGCAGCGCCGCAGGAUUUAGGCGGCUGUUUAGCACCCUCGAAAAGACGGUCCCUCGUUAGGCCCCGCUCUGACACUGGCACUGGCAUCUUGUUACGCGCCCACCUAUUCUUAGGUUAUCCAUACUCUACGGCCCAUCCAGCGGCCACCAACACAGCGCACGCAUCAGACUAGUCCACGCAAUAAACAUACCUUUCCCCGGCGACAAAAGUACCUGCCCUUCCGUUCUGCCCUGCUCCUUCUUCACCUGUCCACUCCAACCGUGGAAGGCACAGCGCAGCCCACUCUCGCUCGCAGGACUAUCGACCAGAAGCCCCAGUCUUUCGUUCACCACACGGCAAACAUCACCAACAUGGCCACCACUACUACCGAUGCGAAGCCGGCGCCGGCACCUCUACCGUCAAUGUUGAAGACGCCUCUGUCUGCCACCUAUCCGUCUGAACUCAAGUCUCCAAUGGUAAUGUCUGCAACAACACCGACCUUUGCCUGGAUCAAGCGCGAAGACAGCCUGAAGACUCCCAUUACCCCGCCAGCAGCCUAUUUGGAUUUCCUCAAGACGUUAUCGCCUGCGUUCAUGAGCCCCAUGUCUACUGGCACAAGCACCAAGUUCGUCUUCGAAAGUCGCCCCACCUCAGUAACGUCAUCCGCUUCUAGCGGUUCUUUCACAUCAACAUCUGGCCCAGCAGGCAAGGAGUCACCUGCGACUUCAAGAUCAAGCAGCUGCAGUCGAUGCGACACGAAAGAUGAAGUUUCCAAAGAUGAAGUUCCAAUGUCUGCCCCUCCUACAAAGAUCAGGACUCAGACCAUUACCAUCCCACCUCCAUCACCUUUCACACGGCCACAGUCGGCGCGCACACCACGCCUCUACAUUCCACAAUCACCCUUCUCGCCGGCAGCAGUACGAUCACCAACUAGCGCAGACUCAGCCAACAACUCAGCCAUCUCUCCCUUCCCCACAGCAUCGCCCAAGGUCUGGGAAGCAGAAGCUAAGAGCGGUCGGUCAAGGCGUGUCAGCGUGCGGGAAGUCGUCACCCGUACCGUGACAUAUAGCAGCACACCCAUCGACAAGAAGGCGCCGAACUUCCCGCAAAUUGACCCCGCACCGCGUGGCAAGAGGAGAAAAAUUGAAUAGAGAAUGAACGGUUACACGACUUGCCUGUACCGCUGCCUAGCCUCGAGCAUAAACGGGUGUGCAACCACCGCGUACGACACCACUCCCCCCGACCGACUUUCUUUUGGCGCCACCUGCCACAGCGCUUAAAUCUACCACGGCUCUCCACCAUACAUUUGUGCUUUAUGCUCAUGCAUCACGAUCACGU